AUGAACUCAUUUAUCAUUGAGCAAUGUCCUCCCUUAUAUAUCGACCAGUCCGCGUGUCGUAUUCCAAUACGAUCUGUCACGGGUAUGAUUUCCUUCCUCUUCCUCGCGUGGAUCCUGAAUUCCGGUGACGCUUUCAAUGAGUUCCCGUCGCUUAUGUCUGCCAACGCCACGAUGGCGGUCGUUAUCGAUAAGGGCUUCUUCGACAAUAAGCACGAAUAUCACAACACCGUGAGGAAUAUUUACGGGUUCAUCACGUCUACCAUCAGAGAAGAGAUGCAAAUGAUUGAUAUAAAUGUGCGCAUCUUCCGUAAUACGAAAAUUAAGAGCAUGCGAGAUUUCACGGCGUUGUUAUCGGUGGCAACGUGCGAGCAAACGUGGAGUCUGCACGACGCCGCGAGUAAAGAAGAAGUCGUGCAUUUAGCAAUAACGGAGCCAGAUUGCCCGCGAUUUUCUGAGACUGAAGGAGUGAGCAUUCCUUUAAUAUCGGCGGGCAAAGAGUUAUCCCAGAUUUUCCUCGAUUUGAGGUCUGUCGACGCUUUCAACUGGAACUCUAUCAACAUAUUGCACGAUGACACGUUCGAUAGAGAUUCGAUUAGCAAAGUCACUCAGGCUAUAUCGAUCCCAUUGCCGAACAAAAAAUUUAACAUGGUCUCUAGAUCGUUGUUCGCCUUCAAACAUGCCGAUUCCCAGCGUAACAGACGAUUCUACAUAAAAGACAUGCUCGAGAGCUUUCACGUGGAUCAGUUAGGCAAAUGCUUUCUUGUAAUUGUCACGAUAGACGCAGCUUCCGACGUUAUGGAAGUUGCAAGAGAAUUGAACAUGAUCCAGCCUGAUAGUCAAUGGCUAUACGUCAUCGCCGACAGCAUAGCACGAAACGGUUCGAAUAUUACCAAUUUCGUCGAUUACUUAUCGGAAGGUGUGAACGUGGCUUUCGCUUAUAACGCGACCGACAGCGAGACGUAUUGCGACGCCAAGCUAAUGUGUCAUGUCCAGGAGUUAACUAUAGCCUUGACCAAUGCUAUAAAAUUAUCAUUAAUGAUCGAAAUCGAGUUGUACAAUCGUGUGAACGAAGAGGAAUUCGAACUUAUUCGAUUAAGCAAGCACGAGCGGCAUCGAGAGAUUCUUAAAAAUAUUCAAAUAAAGCUUAUCGACGAUACUUUCGCUUCGGGCGGCGGUUGCGGCAAGUGCUUGUUUUGGCGAUUCGCCUCGGCCAUAACGUGGGGGAAUUUCUUCAUUCGUGGCAAGAGUACGGCGCACUUGAUAGAUUCGGGAACGUGGUUGCCCAGUCUCGGCGUGAACUUGACCGAUGUAAUUUUCCCGCAUAUUUCUCACGGAUUCCGAGGGAUCAGUCUGCCGAUCGCUACGUAUCACAAUCCACCAUGGUCCACCAUCCAGCUCGCCAGGUCCGGCGUGAAGGAAUACGGCGGUCUGGUUUUCGAUGUCGUAAAAUAUUUGGCCCAAAAAUUAAACUUCACAUACACUGUGAUCAGUCCAGCGAACAGUCGGGUAAUAAAAUUCAAACAGAACGAGACCAAAACCGAAGUGGUGUUAAAGUCAAACACGAGAGAAAUGCCGUCGGAAAUAAUAGACAUGGUCCGCAUGAAGAAGGUCCUUCUCGCAGCCUGUGCCUACACCGUGAACGAUCGCGGAAAAGAGGAUAUCAACUUCACACUGCCAAUCUUUAUACAGACAUAUAGCUUCUUAACCACAAAGCCUGGCCAACUUUCCAGAGCGUUAUUGUUCACGGCGCCCUUCGCCAAAGAGACGUGGGCCUGCCUGGCAGCAUCCAUUAUUAUAAUGGGCCCGAUCUUGUACCUGAUACACAAGUACAGUCUAGGCACGCAGACGGUAGGACUCAACUCGUGCUGGCAAUGCGUAUGGUACGUCUACGGAGCUCUUCUUCAGCAAGGCGGAAUGUACUUACCCCGUUGCGAUAGCGCGCGUUUGCUGGUUGGUGUCUGGUGGUUAGUCGUUAUGGUGUUAGUAGCGACUUACUCCGGAAGUUUGGUCGCAUUUCUGACAUUCCCGAAUAUGGACGUUGCCAUUCUUACGGUGGAGGAACUGGUCGCUCAUAAAGGUAAAGUAACCUGGGGCUUUCCUAAUGGCAGCUUUUUAGAGGAGUAUCUGAAAAAUGCAGAAGAAGAGAAAUAUCAUACUUUGUGGGAAUACGCCGAAAUUUAUAAUGAGACGCAAGAAGUGGAAGUUCUCGAAAAGGUGAAGGCCGGCAAACACGUGAUAAUCGAUUGGAGGAGCACGUUGAGGUUUCUGAUGAGAACCGACAUGUUAUCAACCGGCGGAUGCUCCUUUUCUCUGAGCACUGCUGAAUUUAUGGACGAGCCCAUCGCGAUGAUCAUCGGGCAAGAUAGUCCUUACACGAAAAUUAUCAACGCAGAGUUACAUCGUAUGCACGAGUCCGGACUGAUGACCAAAUGGAUAUCGGAGCAAAUACCUGCGAAAGACAAGUGCUCGGACAAUACCGUCAAUCAAGCCGUGGAGGAGCGCAAAGUAAACGUGUCGGACAUGCAGGGCAUAUUUUUCGUGCUUUUCAUGGGCGUGACUGGAUCCAUAUUUUUCUUGUGCUGCGAGUUCCUCUGGCACAAACAUCAAGUAGCGAAGCGGCGCAAGCUAAUUGAGCCUUUCCUCUCUUGAAUUCGAUUGAGAAUCAAGACAGAUCGGACGUUCCAGCUUCGCCUGUGAAACACGUGUGCCGUUAGUAAAAGUUCUGUGUAUGCAAUUAGAUUUUACUAUCGCUCACCCGCUGUUAACUGAAAGGGACCGUUCUAUUAUGAGCGUAACGAUCCUUCGACUAAAACUUAACGACGGUUUAAUUAGAGGAUGUACCUUGUGCGAUAUAUCUUAUUCUUUUUGGUGUCUAUUCUUUCGUAACGAUUAAAUCAUUCAUUCUGCCGUUGAAACAACUAACCUGAACAUUUCAGACAGCUCUUUUGUUCCUG